AUGGAUAACUACCAUCCAGUGUUGGCAGAUGACGCCUCAGUGAUGGCAGACCAAGACGACAACCAUAUGGGCAGCGUCGGCCGUGCCCAGCCACGCCGUCAUGACGAUGAAGAUGAAGGCUCCGAUAUUCUAGAGGACGAUGACUUGGAGAGCACAGUUGGUGGUCCAGUUUCGCAUCACAAGGGCCAUGGAAACGGCGAGGAAGAGAAAGAGCUUCCUGCCCAUGCAUGCGCGUACUGUGGCAUUCAUAACCCCAGCAGCGUGGUAAAGUGUCUCUCUUGCAACAAGUGGUUCUGCAGUGCCCGAGGCAAUACCUCCUCUUCGCAUAUAGUCAAUCACCUCGUGCGUGCUCGCCACAAGGAGGUGCAGCUGCACCCGGCUUCUUCGCUCGGCGAUACUAUCCUCGAAUGCUACAACUGUGGUACCAAGAACGUUUUCCUACUCGGUUUCAUUCCCGCCAAGUCAGAUACUGUUGUGGUUCUUCUUUGCCGGCAGCCAUGUGCGGCUAUGCCAUCGUCCAAGGAUAUGAACUGGGAUACCUCUCGUUGGCAGCCACUUAUUGAGGACCGCUCCUUUUUGCCCUGGCUCGUUUCUGCCCCUACCGAUCAAGAGCAGCUCCGUGCCCGCCAUCUCAGCCCCCAGUUGAUUGCAAAGCUGGAGGAAAUGUGGAAAGAGAACUCGCAGGCGACUCUGGAGGAUUUGGAAAAAGCCACCGCCGUUGAUGAUGAGCCAGCGCCUGUGCUAUUGCGCUAUGAUGAUGCUUUCCAGUAUCAGAACAUCUUUGGUCCCCUCGUCAAGAUUGAAGCCGACUAUGACCGAAAGCUCAAGGAAUCGCAGUCGCAGGAUGGAUUGAUUGUUCGCUGGGAUCUUGGGCUGAACAACAAGCACCUUGCAAGCUUCGUCCUUCCCAAGCUCGAGCUUGGAGAUGUCAAGCUGGCGGUUGGUGAUGAAAUGCGCCUGAAGUAUACCGGCGAACUCCGUUCCAAGUGGGAGGGUGUUGGAUACGUCAUGAAGAUCCCUAACAACCAGUCUGACGAAGUCACCAUUGAGUUGCGCUCUAAGGGCGACCACAAGUCGGUCCCUACGGAAUGCACUCACAACUUCACUGCCGACUACGUUUGGAAGUCCACCUCGUUUGACCGUAUGCAGCUCGCCAUGAAAACCUUCGCCGUUGAUGAAAUGAGUGUUUCGGGCUACAUCUUCCACCGUCUUCUCGGUCAUGAGGUUGCUGCCGCUCCCAUGAAGACACAGAUCCCGAAGAAGUUCAGCGUCCCUGGACUGCCCGACCUGAACGGCAGCCAAAUCAAUGCGGUGAAGAGUGUGUUACAGCGACCACUGAGUCUGAUUCAGGGUCCCCCAGGAACCGGUAAAACAGUCACUUCGGCUACGAUCAUCUACCAUUUGGCAAAGAUCAACGGAGGCCAGGUUCUCGUGUGUGCUCCCUCCAACGUCGCAGUCGACCAGCUGUGUGAGCGUAUCCACCGCACAGGCCUGAAGACUGUUCGUGUGACUGCCAAGUCGCGCGAGGAUGUUGAGUCUCCGGUUGCCUUCCUUUCUCUGCAUGAGCAAGUCCGUAUGAACGAUAGCAAUAUCGAAUUGGUGAAGCUCAACCAACUGAAGGCCGAGCUCGGUGAAUUGUCCAGCCAGGACGAGAAGCGUCUGAAGCAACUGACUCGGGCCGCCGAGCGCGAAGUCUUGACCAAUGCCGAUGUUAUCUGCUGCACUUGCGUUGGUGCUGGUGAUCCUCGCUUGGCCAAGUUCAAGUUCCGCACUGUCUUGAUUGACGAGUCGACCCAAUCUGCGGAGCCAGAGUGUAUGAUCCCCCUGGUUCUUGGCUGUAAGCAAGUCGUUCUGGUUGGUGAUCACCAGCAGCUUGGGCCUGUCAUCAUGAAUAAGAAGGCCGCCAAGGCUGGUUUGAAUCAAUCUCUCUUCGAGCGUCUUGUCAUUCUUGGCUGCUCGCCUAUUCGCCUGAAUGUGCAGUAUCGUAUGCACCCGUGUCUCUCGGACUUCCCAUCCAACAUGUUCUACGAGGGUUCGCUGCAGAAUGGUAUUACCAUUCAUGACCGUCUUCGCCGCGAUGUCGACUUCCCUUGGCCCAUGAUGGAUAACCCCAUGAUGUUCUGGUCGAACCUUGGUAAUGAAGAAAUCUCCGCCUCCGGAACUUCGUACCUCAACCGCACUGAGGCGACUAAUGUCGAGAAGAUUGUUACACGCUUCUUCAAGGCCGGUGUACAGCCAAGCGGUAUCGGUAUCAUCACUCCAUACGAAGGACAGCGAAGCUACAUUGUCAGCUCCAUGCAGGCUACGGGUACCUUCAAGAAGGAACACUACAAGGAGAUUGAAGUGGCCUCCGUCGAUGCGUUCCAGGGACGAGAGAAGGAUUACAUCAUUCUCUCCUGUGUUCGUUCCAAUGACCAUCAGGGUAUUGGUUUCUUGAGCGAUCCCCGCCGUCUCAACGUCGCUCUUACUCGUGCUCGAUUUGGUCUGGUCAUUCUUGGAAACCCUAAGGUGCUCUCCAAGCACCCUCUAUGGAAUUGCCUGCUCCAGCACUUCAAGGAACGUCAUUGUCUGGUGGAGGGACCCCUGUCCAACCUGCAGGAAUCUUUGAUCCAGUUCAGCCGUCCCAAGCAAGCUUACCGUGGCCCUCAGCGCUUCCACAUGUCUUCAGGCUUCAAUCAAGGCGGUGCUGCUGCUGUCGCCGGUGCUAUGAACGGCCGCAACGGCCAGCGCAACGAGUAUCAAGACACUGGGUCUGUCGUUGGCUACAUCCCUGAUGAUGUCUCCUCGGUGCACUCCUCUGCCGUUGGUGGAGUUGGCCUUCCCUCUGGAUACCCUCCGAUGUUCCAGAACUUCGCUGAUCAAUGGCCAUCCCUCUCUGGUGGUCGCCGUGCGAACGGUGGCCGGGCCAAGGGUGCUCCUAGUGUUGCUGGAGAGUCCGUUGCCGCUACCGAGUCCGAUGUCACUGGAAGCAUCAUUGAUGGUCGCAGUGCUGACCAAGGUGGUGUCAGCCUAGCCGGCUUGAGCAUCAACGACAUGAGCAAGCAAGCGAGUCUCAGCCAGUCCGAUCGUCUGAAGCGCUACGUGGAGUCCGGCGGCCGUGAGCCUUACCGUGGUGGUGUCCCCGACAAUGGCAGCAUCUUUGGGGGCAGUUCGGCCAGCAUUCGAGUUACUCGCGGCGUCCCCGGACACAACGUCAAUGACGACGAUGAUGCCCGCAGCGUUUCGACCGCGUUCGCUAGCCAGGUUGGCGGCAACUACGACUGA